AUGUCAGCUCUUGAUACAGCGCGUAUCAUUAGGCUACCUGAAAAUGCAUACUAUAUCCCCAACUUCAUCACGGUCGAAGAGGAGGAACGGAUUUUGAAAAAGAUAAACUCUGUCCCCAUCCCAAGAUGGACCCAACUCUCUCAUCGACGACUUCAGACGUGGCCAUCUGCGUUAACCAAAUCAAACACUCUUCUAGCAGCGCCUUUACCUGACUGGCUACAUGAUCCUAUCAUCAGUCCAAAAUUCGAAGAGCUCGGUUGUUUCUCAGAUGCACCACACAAGGCACCGAACCAUGUACUGAUAAACGAAUAUUGUCCUGGUCAAGGGAUCAUGCCUCAUGAAGAUGGGCCCGCGUACUACCCACUUGUGGCAACAGUCAGUCUAGCAGCUCCAAUAGUUCUGGAUCUUUACGAGAAGAGAGUAGAGACAGAUAUGACUGGUGCAGAUGAAAAUAUAGGACUCAAAUAUCGGAUUUUGCAAGAACCGCGGAGCUUGUUGAUAACAACAGGCAAUCUAUAUACUCAGUACCUGCACGGGAUUGCAGAUACGCUGAGGGAUGAUGAUUUGACGCCAGAUUCCAUAUGUAACUGGAGUCUCGUUGGAGACCAGCAAGCCUACACGACUGGAGCUUACGAGAGACAGACCAGAGUUAGUCUCACUUACCGCGAUGUACUCAAGGUCGCGAGAUUAGGGAACUCGAUCAAAUUCUUGAAUCGAAAAUGA